CUCACCUCUUUGCGAUGCUCUCGUUGUUCAGGACAGCAUCGCUUCAGAGUAGACCUCUGCUGAGGACUGGACAGCGUUUUGCAGGUGCCCGUCAAUUGGUACAUACUGACGUGGUCAAGAGUCCGACCACCUAUACUGCACGGAAGGACUCCUGGUACAGUCCAACUAUCCUUCUCUUGGGCUUCAUCCCCUUCUUCACGUUUGCACUGGGAACUUGGCAAUUGCAGCGUUUACAAUGGAAAAUCAACCUUAUUGACGAGUUGGAAGAGAAGCUUCAGCGUGACCCUAUCCUUCUUCCAAAGAGAAUAAACGUCUCUGUCAUUCCAGAAUUUAGUUACCGCAGGGUGCUGCUUCGAGGAACAUGGGACCACGACCAUACAAUGCUACUUGGGCCUCGUGUUCGAGAUGGUGUGCAUGGUUACCACGUAGUCACUCCGUUACUUCGGUCGGAGGGGUCCAUCGUGCUGGUAGACCGGGGUUUCAUAUCCAGCGACUUUGUGGGUAAUUACGAUCGCAGUGAGAAAGAUGAGGUUGAGGUGCAGGGGAUGCUGAGGACUUCGCAUAAGCGUAACGCUUUCACACCUGAUAACCAGCCUGUUGAAGGCAAAUGGUUUUGGGCUGAUGUUGACGCAAUGGCUGAAUACGCGGGUGGUGACACUGUCGGUGUCCAGCCUGUCUUCAUUGAGCAGAUAUUCUCUGGUCACGAAGGCGAAGCCACCUCAAAUAUAAGUAAAGGCAUCCCGGUUGGUCGUGCAGCUGCGGUAGACGUGCGAAAUGCACAUUUAUCUUACGUCGUUACAUGCAUUUACCGCUGUUAUGCUUAGCCGUCUCAUAACGAAAAGAAGGGCGCAAAGGCGUGUGCGACCUUUGCC